UCGUCCUCGUCGUCCUCGUGGUCCUCGUGAGGCGCCGCCGUGCCCACCUUGCCCCCCGCGCUCCGCACCGCCCCCCGGGCACGAUGUUCGUCCCCUGCGUGGGGCCCGGCGCCCCCGCCCCCGACUUCACCGGCCUCACCCUCCUCCUGCCGGCUGUGUCAGUGGGGAAUGUUGGCCAGCUUGCGACGGAUCUAAUUAUUUCUACACUGAACAUGCCCAAGGUGGGUUACUUUUACACAGAUUGCCUCGUGCCAAUGGUUGGAAACAAUCCAUAUGCCACUACAGAAAACAACUCAGCAGAGCUGAGUAUAAAUGCUGAAGUGUAUUCGUUGCCUUCAAAGAAUCUGAUUGUUCUCCAAAUAAGAUCACCAUUUAUUAAGUACAAAUCCAGGUCAUUUUGUGAAGCCCUCCUUUCCUGGGUGAAGAGCAGUAAGUGCACCAGAGUUCUUGUUCUUUCAAGCAGCCAUGCUUACCGGCGGGACGAUCAACAGCUUCAGGGUACUCCAUUCCGGUAUUUAUUCACCCCUGAAUUGCAGAAGAAUAUUGGGAAUCAGAUCCAGUACCUGAAUUGGAAGGAAAUGGAAGAAACAUUAUCUUUUCCCGAAAUGCAGGAUUCUGAUAUGUGUAUUCAAAUUCCUGGAGGAGGUAUCACAAAGCUACUCUACAAGCUCAGUUGUUCAGAAGGAAUACAAAUGGCUAUCUUACUGAAAUUCUGUUCAGAAGGAGACAACAUCCCUGACGCGAUUGAUCUGGCCAAUUAUCUCAAUGAGUGGCUGCAGGUCCUCAAAACUCCGGGAAAGAAUUCGUGCCUACUCUUGAAGUUUCUUCUGGAACCAAAGCUUUGUUUCUGGGAAGCCAAAGAAAUCCAAUUUGGUUUUGAGAUAUUAAGGAAAAAUGUGAUUUACGGCAAACAGCUGGAGAAGAAAUAGCAGAGCAACGAUCCCAAGGCUGCUCCUCCGAAGUGGAAAAUACCAAGUUCUUGGAGGCUGCUUUUUGGAAGUGGCCUUCCACCUGCACUUUUUUGAUGGUUUCUGGUAGAAAAAGAGUAACACGAGACCCCGAACUCUAAAAUAGAGAGUACCUAUGUACAACUAUUUAAAAAGCCUAAAAGCAGAUUGGAUUCCCUGACUACAUUUAUCUAAAUGGCAGCUGUUUCCUGCAGUUCCAGGGAAUAUCACAAAGGAAGCGGUCUACUAUUGCCCUAUGUUCUUCAGUAACAGCAGCUGUAAAUAUUGUCCAAUAAAUGGUUUCUUAGUAAAUUGUUCCCCA